CUCAUUAGAAAGAAAUAAACUCCCAAAGUGUAACGAUAUCGCAGGAUUCGCGCUUCGUUUACAUUUUUGCUCCAGGCAAGGUGUAGUGCAAACUGAAAACUGAUGAGUAAAAAGUAAAAGAAAGAAUAUUUAUGAUGUGAAUUUGAAACUUUACAUUUAAUAUUGUUAGUGAAUUAAAUGUGUGGUGUAGUGGUCUAAACGAGGUGUAGCGAUGAGUUUCCUCUCGUCAUUAAGUCAGUACGUGGCGGGCGUGGCGGACAGUGUGGCGGGGCUGGCGCUGUCGCCACGCCGCGCGCCGCCCGGCCGCCACCGCUCUGCUGAGGAGUCGCAAGCUCAGCCGCCGCAACCAUCGACCGCGACAAUGAGAGGAUUCCCAAGAGUAGUGCCGACCGAAGGAGCGUCAGCUCUAAGCGCUAGGAGAAGAACUCUGGAUUGCUUGGCCCCGGCCGCCCCUCCCCGCCGUGGGGGCAGCCUUCGUGUGCCCCGCCAUCAGCAACCACCAGAGAAACCAGCCAUGGCAUUCUGUAAGAGACGCCUGUCUUGGCCUGAAGUUGACAACUCCGUAAAUUCUGGGGUACAAGAAACCGAUGGGUCCUAUUUCGAGAGCUUCACCGCCCUUUCCUGGAGGCAGGAGAAUCGGCGACUGGCUGCCCUGCGACUGGUGGAGGCCCGUGCAGAGCGACCACCGCUAGCCCCAAACGACCUCGGCCUGCCUAGCGUCUCGGCCCAACUGUCGCAUAAAGAACACGAACAUCUUUACACAGAGGUAUUAUACUGCAUCGAGAAUGCGGUAGGAGCUCCAGCACCAGGCGGCCAAUUCGGAUCGUAUAAAGACGAGGUGAUAGACUACGCCCGGCGAGCCUUCAGGAUAUCUCCGGAGAUGCACAGCAGAGCCCUGCACGCCGCCGGGAGCGAGCGGCCACCUACCGUGGUACUGGGCUGUGCGGUUAUCGAAGCGGACGGACUUGAGGCCAAGGAUGCAAACGGGUUCAGUGACCCGUACUGCAUGCUGGGUAUCCAACCGGCGUCGUUGCCCGCUUCACCGCGUGCGUCGGAGGACGAAGGACGCAAACACGGCUUCCGACUUAGCUUUAAGCGCCGCGACGGACGACAACAGCGCGACAGUCUGGGGAGACUACCAGCGCGGUACAUCCGAGCUACGAGCGUCCGACCGCACACACUCUCACCGAAGUGGAAUGAGACAUUUAAAUUUGACAUUGACGACAUAUCAUCGGAUGUCCUUCACCUAGACAUCUGGGACCAUGAUGACGAGAGCUCCGUCUUGGACGCUGUCUCCCGUCUGAACGAGGUCCGUGGAGUCCGCGGCCUGGGCAGGUUCUUCAAGCAGGUCUGCCAAAGCGCCAGGCAAGGCAGCCAGGAUGACUUCCUUGGCUGCGUGAACAUCCCGCUUCGCGAAAUACCCUCCACGGGUAUAGAGACUUGGUACAAGCUGGAAGCUCGUUCACAGCGGUCGUCAGUCCAGGGCCGAAUUCGACUGCGGCUUUGGCUUUCAGCCCGGGAGGCUGGGAGGCAUGACGAUGACAAUUGGCAACAGGUGCGGCAACACGAACGGUUGUUUGGAGUGUUAUUGGCUCACGAAGUAGACACUGCGAGCAGCGGAGGGCCGAUGGGGGCAGAGGGUGAAACAAGUAAUACUUGGGAAGGGGAAUUGUGUGGGCCUGCACAGACUUUGUUGCACCAACAUGCGAUUCAAGGGGACCUGAGCGCGCUGCAAGCUGCGAUAGCCAGAUUUGCGGCUGCCUGCAAACUAAACAGUGAUGUUCCCCUCGAUCCAAAGUAUAUGUACAAGUUACUAACAGAACUAGAGCGAGCAUGGUGCCAGAGUGCAAACGCUAGCAGCGGUGAAGCAAGUGGGGGAUCCUCCAGGGACGAGGAACGCUGGCUCGCAGAGUGCUUCGGAGAAUUCGUUGAGAGGGCGCUGCAUCAACUGCGAGUACAUAGGGACUUGUACCCGGUGUUGCAUCACCUUAGUCUAAACAAGUUGGAAUUUCUUUUGCGAUGUUUGAGCCAUUUGUCACAAAUGAAAGCUUUUUGGAGGUGUUGCCCCUUUAAUAAAGAGAUCAGAAUGGAAAUAAUGGGUUCUUUACGGAAAGGCACAGCAGAAUGGUACGAAGCUCUGUGCGCUCAAGACACAGAAUCAGAACGCGGGGAAGACCUUGUCAACCUGAUCACACUCGUGCAGAUCGACCUACAGCAGGGGCUCACCUACUACCACCCAUUGUUUGAAACGACUAACAACGUCCCUUACUUCAGCGUCGUGUUCACACAAAUUGAUAAAAUGGUAUCGGAGGACGUGAGACACUGUGUCGAGCAGUGGGUGGCGGAAGGAUGGUGUGGGGUUGCAGAGGAAGAAGCAUACGACGAGCUUGGGAACGGAGUGUGCGUAGUGACAGCGAAGACUCUUCCCUUCGAAGUAUUGUCGGCUGUGCGCGAACUGUGUGCGGCCGCCGUGCCCGCGCCGCUGCCGCACGCCGCGCACGAAGCGCCGCCGCAGUUGCUUGACGCUUACACGUGGUUCGAGCCCCUGAUCGAUCGGUGGCUGGCUGUAACCAAGACUAUGGCGCUGCAGAGGGUCCGCGCAGCUGUCGAAUUAGAUCGUGCCGUAGAAGGAGAGCAUCUUGUGAAGCACAGCACGUCUUCCGUGGACACGGCUGCUUGCUUAUACCACAUGCGGUUGGUAUGGCGCGCCAUCGGCGGCGCCGAGGAGGGUUCCUUUGGCGGCGGGCUGCGGUUGCUAGAGGCGGCCUGCGCCACCGCGCUGCACUAUGCCGAUUUGAUACACGGCGCUUUAGCCGACCAGGGGUAUUACGAAAAUCAUGGUCAAAACAAAACAACAGAGGAAAUAUGCACGAUCGUGAAUAACUUAGAAUACGUGCGACGAUCGCUCGCCGAGUACGACGACGAACACAUUGCAAACGACGACAAUGCCCGGCAACUGGUCCGCGGCGCGCUGGGCACGCUGGACGCGCGGGCGACCCGCGCGGCGGCGCCACUCGCAGCGCGCGCCCGACCACCGCUUAGAAAAGCCGUCUUCCACCUAGCUUGGUCUCCGGACACGCUGCCUACUCCCCAGGCCAUUACUCCUCUACUGGAGUUUCUAGAUCAACACCUAUCAUCGCUCAAUACGUGGUUGCUGCCACGUGCGUUCACCCGCGCGCUUGGUGGCUGUUGGAGCGCGGUGCUGAAAGAGGUAUCUGCUCAAGCCGACGCAGGAGGCGCCGAGAGACCAAGGGUCUACCACCACAGGCUUCGAGAAGCCCUGGAUCUGUUAGCAGAGUUCUUCCACGCUGAAGGAAAAGGAUUGCCGAUGUCGGACGUGCACAACAGUGAGUGGGUCCGCGUGGAACAAAGGAUGCAGUUCCACCAGGCUCCCACUGAGGAAUUGUUGGAGUUGUGGCUUGCUGACAGACUCGCUGAACAAGUCCGAACCCCACUCCCAUCGCCUUACGGGUCUAUUCUAGUCAGAGUGUACUUCAAUCACGACUCGUUGUGCGUGGAAGUGCUUUCUGCGCGCGAUGUGAUUCCUUUGGACCCGAACGGGCUCAGCGACCCGUUCGUAGUUCUAGAGCUGUUGCCAAAGCGACUAUUCCCAAAGGCGCACGAACAAAGCACUAAUGUCCAAAAGAAAACGCUAAAUCCCAUAUGGGAUGAAUGCUUCGAGUUUGCCGUGUCACUCGAGGCAUGCCGGUCCGGCCAAGCAGCUUUAUCGCUGUCGGUGUGGGACCGCGACGUGCUGACGGCGGACGACUUCGCGGGCGAGGCGUUCGUGUCCCUCUCCCGCGUGCCCGGCGUCAACAGCCACGCGCCGCCCGACCCGCUGCGCCCGCUAGAGUUGCCGCUCAUGCAGCUACAUGACCGCAAUCAUCCUAUUCUACAAAUACUGGAAUCCCGGACAACAGAUAAACUUGCCAUGGAAUUCGUUAAAAAACAAAAGCUUCGAUUCGCUGAGCAGUAAAUAAAUUAUAUAAGCUACCAAAAAAAUAUGUACAUCUACUCGUAUUACUUUCAUUUAAGUUCCGAUUGUUAUUUCAAUUCACGCACAACGUCCAUUAAACGUCGACAAUAUUCUUAUUAAAUUAUAAAAGCAUAUUAACGAAAAGCUUGAUAUUUUUUAAAAUGGAAAUUAAUUUAUUUUAUUAUUGUUGAUAUGUACCUAUUUAUUAUAUUAAGAUAUAUAAUGUCACGACAGUAUUAUUGUAAAAAGUACGGUGUACUUCAAAGACUGUAUUUCUUCUAUUUACGAGAGAAUAUAAAUAUUGUGAACGUCUACUUUCAAAUAUUUUAUACAUGUAUGUAUAGUUAGUACGCACCCUCGGAGCUUAUGUCCCUAGUCUUAGUCUCUAUUAGAAAUCCCGACCAAGUACUUUAAGGCCACGUGUUUCAUACCAAAUCUUGCAUUUAUACGCGAAAAUACUUUAAUACCCUUACGAUUGUAAACCAUUUAUGCACGCUGCACAAUUGCUUUAAUAAAAAGAUAAUAUUUAAAAUAUAAAACAUUAUAAAGGUUUGUACAAUAAAAAAAUAUCGCUAUGACUCCUUCCCACGAAAACAUAACUGGGACGAACGUCAAAAUAAGGAUGUUAUAUAAUCGUCAAAAUAAGGAUGUAAUAAAGAAACAUACCUUGUUCAUAAAAACAUUGAAACAAAAUUUGUGCUCAAUGAAAUAUAAGUUAAUUCUACACUUUAUAAUUUGCUAUUUCACUUUUAAUCCAAAACUUGAGAUUUAAUUAAAAACGGUUUGUUAUUGAUAAUAUUUUGUGUGAGUAAUUUGAAAAGCGUAUGUAUCGAUUGCGUUUUAAAGUUUAAAUUGCCGGUGGUGUGUUUCUAUAUCGAGUUUCAUUUCAUGAAAUUGCUUAGUUGCAGCGUCGAUAAAUAAAUACAGUAUUUACUCCACAUACUUGUACUGCACCCUCUCUAGAUAUAAAAAUUAAUAAACCUAUAGCUAUGAGCUUCUAUUUCCUAUUUGAUAAUGUAUGUACCUAUUUCACUAUUUAUAUUUUGUCACAUUAAGUAUACAGCUUUUGUGAUUCUUAUAUUGCGCUUCAAAACGAGCUUGGUAUUCAACAUCAGUAUCUUUCCGUCACAUUUAUAUUAUACAUUGUCUUUGAUGACUGAUUUUCAUUGUUAGUUUAAACUUAUACAUUUUAUAACUUUACGUGAAAAUUUUCACUGUGUAUACAAGUAUAUAAAUGUAGAUGAAAUUGUAUUGAUGUUUAUAAUAAUAUACCUAUUAAUAAUGAGUGAAUAUAUUGUACUUAUUGAAAGUAAGAUGUAACAUAAUCUUAAAUAAAUGUUAUACUAUAUUGAAUGGUUAAUAAGAUCGUAUAAGAAAAUCAAUAUAAAUUAAUAUAUAGACUUUAAUACAAAAUAUAUAUUCAUUAAUUUAGAAAAAUCUGCGUAACAUACACGUUUAAAUGAAAUUAUAUUCUUCCAAAUGAAAUUAUUGAUUUUAUCUUGUAAAGCGUGUUAUGUAUAAACUUACAAGCUAUAAAGCCUUCUUCCACGAUUCUAUCCAUAUCAAUGGGUAUUUAUGAUAUCUGGUCAUAUCACUAGAAAUUAUAAAAACUACUACUGUGAAUGUUUGAAUUCUACACCGUUUCUGCUAUAUAUAAGUAUUAAAUCAAUUUUGACUGAUUUACUUGCACUCGUCUAGACUAUUAUACAAAAUUCUUAUUUGUUACGGUUCUGGAUCACAAAACCAGUAAAUAUAUCUUUUGGCAAAACAAGACCAUUCCAAAAGUCAAUUAUUUAAAAAAUAGGCUUUACAAAAAUUCUUUUUCAAAAAACAAGUUGUUAUAUUUUGGAACCUAUUGCUUAUUAUUAAAAAAUUUAUACAAAGAAAUUAUAUUUAUACAAAUUAUACUUAAAUUGAAUAUUAAUCUGAAUGGAAGGCAUUUAAAAAUAAACUUACAAAUCAAAGUGUUUCAAUAUCAUAAUAAUGUAACAAUCGAGAGAAAGAUUACCCUUGAGACUACUAUACAGUGAAGCAAAAUAAAAGCUUUCGUAUCAAAUAACUUUAAAGUAGCUAUUGUACCCCCUAAGUACUUUUUAUUAAAUAUGUGUGAUAUUAUAUGGAAUCCAUUUUAAUAUACCUAUUGACUGUGCCCGUAGUUUUCCCGUAUAACUACUAAAUAGAUUGAAUUAUUAAUCAGUGUCUGAAUAAUUUACAGAUAGAUACUAGAUAAAAUGGAUGUUAUUAAUAUACUAUUAUUGACACUUGUGUUCCUGGCUUUAAUAAA